AUGAAAGGUUAUAAGUACAGCCUUCACUGUAGAAGUGUGGUCAUUGUCUUCAUCAUGGUGGCAUCCGAAUUACCUUUCGAGAUUACUCGUCGCAUUGCAGACUUUCUUCAACCCAGAGAUAAAAUUCAGUGCUGUUUCGUGUGCAAGGCGUGGCUGCCUGCUAUUCAGGAAUCUCUUUUGGAAACCAUAGUGAUUAAUGAUUAUGGAAAAUUCGCCAAAUCAGUAGGUCUAUCCGGUUCAACAAGCAAUUUCCUUCAAAGAUAUGGCCACAGUUCUCGGAAGCUUCACAUAGGCCAAUAUGCUCAAAUAUUUGGUGAAGAACUUCUUGCCCUUCAGAGAUGUCUUCCGCACAUACAGUACUUUAAAUGGAGUACUGCGAAUAUCGAUGAGUAUACAUUUAUUGAUCAUUCUGGCUGGAAGUUAUGGGAGUUCCUCACAGAUCUCGAAGUAAAAGUAUGGGUCUAUGUUCCUCACACAGCACCAUCCUUAUUUUAUUCAUUAUUCUCUAAAAUACGACCACUAAGACGACUGGAGUUCAAAUAUAUGUUUAAUACCGGUUUAUAUAAGCACACAGUUGGCGAGUUUGAUGCCCUUAAUAAUAGUCUUCCAGAACUGACUCGCAUGGCUCUGGGAGCUCAACUACUCUCAAUAACUCUACACGAAUUAUCAAUGAUCAAAAAUGUAAAGCCGCUGCAAUGUUUAAAAAGCCUGGAGGUCAACCUCAUUAAUUCUACAUAUGAAUGGCUGUAUUAUAUCGCCAUUAAGUUUCCAAAUAUCAGUAUUCUUAAGACCAUAAUAUUCGCUAGUAACACGGCUAGCGAACAGAGCUUAGAGGUGGCCAAAAUGUUUGCUCGGAUUCCAUACCCCUUUCAACAAUUGGAAGAAAUCAAUGUCAGGGUUGAACUAGGCUCAGAACAGAUAUUUAUUGAUUUUGUAAAGCAGCUCUAUCUUUUUAAAGCUCCAAUCAAGACAUUAUGCCUUUCUUUGGGUGGAUCCGUUCAAAUGUCGGCCUUUUCAAGAGACGUCUUUGAGUCGAGGAACAUAUUCUCGUCUACUUUGGAAAAAGUGACAAUUAAAGCGUCUUCGUUAACUUUGAUAUUUUGGGCAUAUACGGAUAAUCUCGAGCAUUUCCCUCACCUAGUCGAUCUCAAUAUCCAGGUUGAAGAUUCUACAAGCGAGAUAGAUAUUCUUCUGGACCGAUGUCCUUCAUUAAAGACCUUCCGUUUUGAUUCGGGGACUCUUCGUCGCCGCCUCUUUGACCGAGUCACAUCGGAAUUUUCAACAAAUCAUGGCCUGCGCGAAUUAACUCUCACUUCGACACAUAUCGUCACUGAUACACUCAAUUACAUCUCACAUCGUUGCAAGAAGCUCAAGAGCAUGUUUCUUGAGAAUGUAUAUGUAGCAAAACCGAAAUCAGAAGAUACAAAGACCAAUUGCAUCGACAUGUCAUCGACAAGCUUUAUACAUCUUUCUAUUGGCAGUGUUAUGUUUGUUGACCCAUCUACCAAAAAUAUCAUCAAUAUAUUUGCUUUAUCUUCAACAAUGAACCCUAUAGGGAAUACAUGGGUAUACUGUGUACCUGAUGUUGAAUGCCGUACACGACGGGAACCCAAGGGAUGGAUUAUAGGUGGAGAGGAAGCAAAGUACGUCGAAGACUUUUUCCGCAAUUUCUCAGAGAUAGUGGAGAAAGAAUAUACCGAAGAACAGCUUUACAAAGAUGAAUAUGCUAGAAUGGUACCCAGCUGGAAAGAUAAUCUUAAUAAUGGUUAUGCUAUGUUUAAAUAUGGAUCUUUGAUAAAUCUAAAUAUCAUAUCCUAA